AUGUUGAACUUCACCUACGAUGCAGCAGCCACGCUGUUGCCGGCUGGCGUUCCAAAAUAUCAACUAUCGAACAACGGGAACGCUGAGGUUUCACCGCGUCUGCUCUCGGUCGAUCCUUGGUCUCUCUUCGACAAGACCUGGACUGCAGUUCUGGGAUACCGACCUCACAACUUUGAAUUCAUUCAGGGAAAGACCCCAAUGAGCACUAUCAAAGAAACCGCCGUGGUCAUUGCUCUGUACUAUGUGGUCAUCUUCGGCGGUCGCGAAUUGAUGCGAAGCCGACCAGCUUUCAAGCUGAACACCCUCUUUCUCAUCCACAACUUCUAUCUCACGGCGAUCUCUGGCGGCCUCUUGGUGCUUUUCGCCCAGCAACUAAUUCCGGGCAUUUGGAACCAUGGUCUCUUUGACGGGAUCUGCGGGGGCACAGGUUGGACUCAGAAGAUGGAGGUGCUAUACUAUAUGAACUAUCUCACCAAGUAUCUCGAGCUAAUUGACACGGUAUUCCUUGUUCUGAAGAAGAAGCCCCUGACCUUUCUUCACACAUACCACCAUGGCGCUACAGCAUUGCUGUGUUAUACUCAAUUAGUGGGUAAGACGCCGGUGUCCUGGGUACCCAUCACGCUGAACCUGGCCGUACAUGUUGUCAUGUAUUGGUACUACUUUCAAGCGGCUCGCGGUGUGAAGGUGUGGUGGAAACAAUAUAUCACUAUGUUCCAAAUUACCCAAUUUGUACUUGACCUUGGAUUCAUUUACUUCGCAACCUACACGUAUUUCGCCGCACAGUAUAUGCCUUCGCUGCCUCACGUCGGUCGGUGCGGCGAGCCUACGGCUGAGGUAGCAGCUGCAACUGGAUGCGGCAUUAUCACCUCGUACCUCUUCCUGUUCGUCAUGUUCUACCUCUCAACCUACAAGAAGCCGUCGAUAAAGAAGGCCGUGAGGAGGGCUUCUCAAGGCGACGUUCCAUCUAUCAAGGAGACCGGCGAGAUCACCGCUGACCUUAUCCGAAACACAAAAGACACGAUUGCGGACUCCCUACCAUCGGGAGAAGCCAUGAAUAAUGGAAAGAAGAGCUCAUAG